AUGUCUCGACCGCCCGGUAUCAUUAAACGAGCGUGGUUCAAGUGGAAGUCUCUCAAACUCCCGUGGCGGAAUCAAUUCCUGGUGGGCAACGACCUCGCUGGAAAUUCUUUCUGGGAGUUCAAAGACGCGCUCAAUGCGAACAGGCUGAGGCGGAUCGUCAAGUACAGUGGCCGGGUCCACUAUGGUGAUGUCAAAAUAUCGCGUAGGUCGCAUGGGCAUAGACGGAAGUGCUGAAGCCGAGCUGACGAGAACGACAGCACAAUGGCAUCAAUGGCUUCGCCACACUCGCGAAGAAGCUCCAUCAAUACAGGAGCAGCAGUACGAAAUCUCACGACAGGCGAUGAUGAAGCAGUUGGCUGCAGAAGCAGAUGAGAGAUGGAAGAGCAUACCAUCGUACCUCGACUCGCCCAAUCGACAACAACCACAACCGGCCAUAGGGGUGCAGGAUCCAGGUGGAUAUGUGCAGCAGACUGAACCGGAGUCGCAAGAGGGUGUCAGAAGCGCAGUGGAUGAUCAAGAGAAGGUCAGUGCUGCAAUAGAAGGAAAUCCCAAAGAUGAAGGAAGGUUCAGGGGACAGACGAAGGAGAAGAGGACAAAAGAGCCAGCGCCAUGGGAUAAAUUACGACCGCAAGGCGCACCGAGUGAGAACUGGCAGCCGGAGCCGUGGACGCCGGGUGUUGCACAACGGGGCCGAUAA